GACGGGCUGGUCGAGACUCUGCGACGGACGCGGGCCAAGUUCGUGUUCUGCUUCCUGCCCCACCACCACGCUGGGCUCUGCGACGCCAGGAGGGACUCGCUGAGCGGCGGCCUGUUGCCGUCCUCGCCCAACUCCAGCACCAUCUCCACCGACGAGUCGCUCAUGAACAUCCCUCUGCUGCGCUCGCAGCUGAGGGGCGCGCAGAUCCUGGCCGCCGUCCGGAUGCACAAGCAGGGCUUCCCCAAGUUCCUGCCCCUGUGGGAGUUCCGGCGGCGCUUCCGCCUGCUGGCUCCACCCGAGGCGCGGCCCGCCAGCCCCGUGGACGACGAGCGCAAGACGGGCCAGGAGCUGGUGGUCGGCAUGGACCUGGAGCCGGCGCAGUUCCGCAUCGGCCUGAGUCAGAGGUCCAGGACCUGGCGGUCCGCUGCAUCCAGCGCAACGUGCGCAAGUUCAUGAGCGUGCGCGACUGGCCCUGGUGGCGGCUGCUGGUGCGGGUCACCCCGCUGCUCAACGUGCACCGCACUGAGGAGGAGCUGCGCGCCAAAUCGGAGGAACUGGAGGCGCUUCGAAGCAAAGUGGACAAACUGGAAGCGGAGCGCACCCAGCUCAAGCACGAGAGUGACCGGCUGGAGGCCAAGGUAAGAAGAAAUCCUCUUCGACUCGCCAUCAUCAUCGUUUGCUUCGCGGCGUCCAUAUGUCUGAUCCUCCUGGCCCCACACCACCCUCUCGCCGUGCCGGUUGGGUUGCCUGCCCUCUCGGCGCGCGGCGGUCUCGUCCCACCUGCCGCGGGAAGGGCUUACGGCUUACGGCGCGCGCCGGGACCGCGGGGCCGCCGUCGAUCGUUUCGGCCGGGAGCGUGUCGGCGGCAUGACGACGCGACUCCGGUGAUCAACGACGUCAAGCCGUGUUUGUCCUUUUCCUCCUCGGCCCGGCUCCCGCCACUUGUAAUGUUUGCUCUCUACACAUCCUCGUUGGGCGAGUACCAGCUCAUAGGCGUCGUCCCCCUGUUGCAGCGCACUCCCUCCAUCUCCCUCUCUCCCUCUCUCUCUCCCUCUUCUUUCCCCUUUCACUCUCGCUGGCGCGCCGUCCGUCUUUGCCGUCGUGGUGCCUGUUGAGCUGUCAUUCAGUGCUUUGGUGUACAGUGCACUGUACCGAGAGUAACGGGCUGUGUUGGACGGCCGCCAGUGCGGGUGCCGGCGCGGCCCGAGGCUUCGCGUCCAUAGGUCGGGCAGCAGCCAUUCUCACCCUACGGCCCGCGUCCGCCGCCCACCCCGAUGGCACCCUUCCCCACGGAAGACGUCCCUUCGAAAGAAAACGUCUUUCCUGAAGGAAGACACCCGCCUGUAGGAAUACUCUUCGUCCUGACAACCUCCCCAAUACAACCGAUACACCCUCCCACUCAACACUUUUCCGCAAGACAUCCUUCCCCAAAACAACCCGGCCCCCAAAACACCCUACCUCCCCUACCUACACCUACACCCUUCCCCCAACAAGGGCAUCUUCUCGAGGCACUGUCCCUCCCC